AUGGGGCCAAAAAGGCAAGCUAAGCCUUCAGCAGAUGAAGGAUAUUGGGAUUGUAGUGUGUGCACUUUUAAGAACAGCGCAGAAGCCUUCAAGUGCAGUAUAUGUGAUGUGCGGAAAGGAACGUCAACCAGGAAACCCAGAAUAAACUCGCAGCUGGUGGCGCAGCAAGUCGCCCAGCAGUAUGCCACCCCGCCACCUCCCAAGAAAGAGAAGAAAGAAAAAAUGGAGAAACCCGAAAAGGAGAGAAGCGAGCGAGACAAGCUGGACAAGGAGAAACCAGAGAAGGAGAAGCUGGACCGGGAGAAACUGGACCGGGACAAGCUAGACCGGGACAAGCUAGACCGGGAAAAGAUGGACCGGGAGCGGCUCGACCGCGAGAAGCUUGAUCGUGAAAAGCUAGAUCGGGACAAGAUGGACAGAGAGAAACUUGACCGUGAAAGGGUAGACCGGGAGAGGCUAGAUCGAGAGAAAAUGGACAAAGAAAAGAUGGACAGGGAGAAAACAGAGAAAGAUAAAAUUGAUAAAGAAAAACCAGAAAAGGAACAGAAAGUAGACAGGGACAGACAUGACAAGGAGAAAAUCGAACGAGACAUUAACUCAAGUGUUGUCAAGAAGACCACUAAUAAAAAGACAAGACCAAAGCCAGAUAUUCACAGAGACCCACAAAGCGAAGUGAACAGUAUUCAGUCUGCAAAUUCAGUGACAAAGAUCGGCAACUUUAACCACACUUCUAGGCCCAGGCUGAAAAACGUGGACAGAAGUACCGCACAGCAGCUGGCGGUAACCGUGGGCAACGUGACCGUCAUAAUCACAGACUUUAAAGAAAAGACUCGAUCUUCCUCCACCUCGUCCUCCACAGUCACCUCCAGCGCGGGCUCAGAACAGCAGAACCAGAGCGGCUCCGGCUCGGAAUGCACAGACAAAGGCUCGUCCCGUUCCUCAACCCCCAAGGGCGACAUGUCUGUGGUGCACGACGAGUCUUUCUGAAAAAUAAAUUUAAAAGGAAGAAAAAAACAAAAUAUUGCACAUUAAUUUUGGCAGAAGAUACUCUGGAUUGGGGGGAGGGGGAGGAUCGGAAGUUCCAGGACCUCCAUCUGCCGCUGUUUAUAUU